AAGACCUUCUUCAAAAAAUUGUUAUUGCAAAAGACAGUAAUAACAUAUUAAGAAAAGAACAAUUUAUUCAAUGGGAAGAUGAAAUUAAUAACCAAUGGAAUGAUAACCAGCUAGAUGAAAUAGAUGGUUAUAGUGAAGAAAUAAAUAAUGAAGAUAAUGAAAUGAACUAUGAAAUAGAUAAAGGUGUUGAAGUAGAUGAAAUAGAAAAAACAAACAGACUAGAAAUUAGUUAUAGUAAAGAAAUAAACAAUAAAACUAAUGAAAUAGAUGAAAUAAAUAAAGCAAAUAAUGAUAAUAUUAAGAUAGAUGAAAUAAAUAAUGAAGAUGCCAUAGAUGAGAUAGGUGAACCAGAGGUACAUAA